AUGUUGUCUCUCAUCCAGCUUGCAUUUGACUAUGCAGCGCCUGUGUUCCUCGUCUCGUCUCCCGUCACGUCCUACGCCGACCAGAUCUUCAGCAUUCAUCGCACAAGAAGCUCCGCGGGCUUCUCGUUGGAUAUUCCUCUGAUUAUGCUUAUUGCAUCGAUCUUGAAGGUUUUCUUCUGGUUUGGAGAGUACUACUCGGGUACUUUGUUGACACAAGCGAUUGUCAUGAUCGUGGUACAGAUCGCAAUGCUCAAGGUCGCAUUGGAUAAUCGGCCCUCCACCGGCGGGAGAAAUGGCAUCGAACAUACACCCUUCAGCGGUGGUGCGGAUGGUGGUUUCUCGCGACCCUACGAAUUCUGGCAGUGGAAGAACACCAAGCCAUACUGGAUGUUCUUGGCCUACUUCGUCGGAAUUCUGACCGUCAUUCACCUGACCCCAGUCGCUCAAUCGCAAUACUAUAUCGGCCUCCUGGGCUAUAUCGGCCUUGCCGUCGAAGCUACCCUUCCUGUUCCUCAGAUCGUCGCCAACCACCGAUCCGGCUCGUGUAAGGGGUUCCGAGUCUCCGUUAUCGCUGCAUGGAUUCUGGGUGAUACCAUGAAGAUGAGCUACUUUUUCAAUAGCACCGAGACCAUCCCAUGGGCAUUCAAGCUCUGCGGUAUCUUCCAGUGCGUCUGCGACUUCUACUUGGGAUUCCAGUUCUAUCUCUUCACCCGCAACGCCGUUUCCCAUUCCCCUUCGCACUCCCAGGCGAACUCCGCUUCUCUCUCCAACAUUACCCAAUCCCCGACUUCGGGCGAGUCCACGGAGCAGGACAGCCGCUGGGGCCAUCACGAGAAGGACAUCCGCAUGAACUGA